AUAAUAAACACUCUAAUGGAAUAUAGAAGAUUAGGAUAGACAGGAUUAAAAGUAUCUGCAAUAGGAUUUGGAAAUUGGUUGAAUGCUGAUGAUAAUGAAACUUUGGAAAGAAAUACAAAAAUAAUAUAAAAGGCUUGGGAAUUAGGAAUUAAUUUCUUUGAUACAGCUGAAGGUUAUGGAAAAGGAAAAGCAGAAAUACAAUUAGGAAGUGCUUUGAAAACAUUAAAUGUUUAAAGAUAGGAUUAUGUCGUAAGUACAAAGAUUUAUUUUGGUACAGCAUAAGAUGAUUUUCCAAAUUCUAGAUUUCUUUCAAGAAAACAUAUAAUUGAAGGUAUAAAUUAAAUUGAUUUUUAGGACUAAGUAAUUCGCUUAAAAGAUUGGAUUUAACAUAUGUUGAUAUUGUUUUUGCACAUAGAUAUGAUCCAUAGACUCCUUUAGAAGAAGUUUGUAGAGCAUUUGAUUGGGUAGUUAGACAUGGUUGGGCUCAUUAUUGGGGAACUAGUGAAUGGACAGCUUAAUAAAUUUUAGAAGCUAUUGGUAAUUAAUUAUAUUAUUCAAUUUAGGUAUUUGUGAUAGAUUAAAAUUAAUUAAACCUGUUGCUGAAUAGCCAUAAUAUAAUAUGUUAGUUAGAGAUAAAUUUGAAUGGGGCUAUAAUAAUGUUUUUGCUUAAGGAUAUGGAUCUACUAUAUGGUCACCUUUGUAUUAAGGAAUUUUAACAGGAAAAUAUAAUGAAGAUAUUUUAGCUGAUGGUAGAUUCAAAAAUGCAGAUAAUCCUAUUUUGAAAGGGUUUUAUGAAAGAACUUUAGGAAAUCCAUAAUGUAUUAUUAUAUUUAAUUUAUAGAAAAGACGCUGCUAAAGUUUAAUCACAAUUAAAAUAAUUGGGAGAAUUAGCUAAGGAACUUAAUAUUUCCCAAGCAUAAUUAUCCUUAGCUUGGGCAUUGAAAAAUAAAGAUGUCAGCACUGCCAUAACAUCAGCAUCUAAAAUUGAAUAAUUAGAAGAAACUGUCAAGUCUGUAUAAGCUAUAAAACUAAUUACUCCAGAUAUUGAAACAAGAAUUGAAGCUAUACUUUAAAAUAAACCUGAGACUCAAGUUAAUUUUAAGGUUUAAAAACCAUUUCCAACUCGUAGAGAUUUAUAUGCAUGA